GCUCUGAUUUCGCAGCUCAGCGCGUUUGUUCUCGCUCAGUGUGUGUUUGUGUGUUGACCGUAUCGGUAAUCUCAACUAACGAUUAACGAACAUGUCUGUGGCGUUCGCACCGCACCGGCAGCGCGCUAAAGGCGAUAUAACGCCUGCCGGGAUACAAAAGUUGCUGGAUGAAAACAAUCAGUUGAUUCAGUGCAUCAUGGAUUUCCAGAGUAAAGGGAAAACAGCUGAAUGUUCGCACUACCAACAGAUGCUACACAGAAAUCUAGUGUAUCUGGCCACAAUAGCAGACUCCAAUCAGAACAUGCAGUCUCUGCUUCCCGCCCCGCCCACUCAGAACAUGCCCAUGAAUCAGAGUGGAGCGACUCCACAGCUGCCCCACGGUCACAGUAUGCCGUCAGACGGGCCGCCCGCACCACACAUGCAGAGCCAGAUGAACGGACAAAUGCCAGGUCCAACCCACAUGACCAUGCAGGGCCCCGGGCCCAACCAGACACCCAGCAUACCCAGCGGCUCCAUUAACAUGCCACCCAGCAGCCAUGGCACCAUGGGGGCAUAUAACCACACAGUGCCCUCCUCGCAGGGAAUACAGGCACAGGGGCAGAUAAACAUGAGCCAGGGGCAGCCCAUGGCCAACUACGGCCCUCGGCCCAACUUGAACAUGCAGCCCAGUCAGGGGCCUAUGAUGCACCAGCAGGCUCCUGCUCAACAGUACAACAUACCCCCUUCUGGUGGCAGCGGGCAGCAUUUCCAGGGGCAGCAGAACCCCAUGGGCAUGAUUGGUCAAGGCAAUCACGUGAUGGGACAGAGGCCCAUGCCUCCCUACAGGCCACCGCAUCAAGGACCUCCUCAGCAAUAUCCUGGUCAAGAGGAAUACUACACGGAGCAAUACAGCCAUGGAGGACAGGGGGCGCCAGAGGGAAGCGCACAGUAUGGUCAGCAGCAAGAGGCGUAUCAGCAGGGUCCACCGCAGCAGCAGGGUUACCCUCCGCAGCAGCAGUACACGGGACAGCAGGGAUACCCCGGACAGCAGCAGGCCUAUGGUCCGUCUCAGGCCACUCCAAGUCAGUAUCCGAACUACCCCCAGAGUCAAGGGCAGCAGUAUUCAGCCUACAGACCCCCACAGCCCGGACCACCACAAGGACAGCCACAGCGCCCCUAUGCUUUUGACCAGGGGCAGUAUGGCAACUACCAGCAGUAGAUGACGGGCAUUUGACUUCCCACCCUAGCAUUUCCAAUUUGGAGCUGUGUGUGAUCUGAUGAAGGGCUACUGCGCUCUCAAAAUCUCUAUACAUCACCUAUGAAGAGAUGAAUCUUCCCCGCUAACGUAGACUGAACUCUUCAUUCGGCCACAAGCAUUUGAACUAACCGAUCAAUGAUUGGCUCGAUUCUCAGCACAGGUGAUCUAAUUGUGAAACGCCUAAAAAACUCAUUUGACAAAAAAAGAGAAAGCGUACACUAAGAAUUUCCUGUCAACUCAUAUGUGCAGUUUUGAGUUUAACAGAGAAGCAAUUUCACAGCAGCAAUGCCUUAAGUGAAACAGCUGCCUUAUUUACAGCAACUUACGAAAUCAGUGAAAAUACAGAAACACACACAGCAGUGGAACGUGUUUUGUUUUUCUAAUAAAAUUCAUUGUGCGUUGUUGUUGUUUUUUUACAUUUUCUCCUCUCCCGCAAAUGUCAGAGAAGCAAUAAUGCUGAGGUGCGAAUGAAGGCUAGUGGAGAGGUGGAAAAUGGUUUUCAGGUUCAAAACUAUGCUAUGAUGUAUAAAUGUAUUUUAUGCUUUAUCUAAUAGAGCUCAGAUUGAGUCCAGGUGUUGAACAGUAGCUCAAAGUGUCGUCCCGUGUGCUUAUUGACUGUAUUGAAUUUGUUUUCUUUCAUUUUUGAAGGUGGGACGUUCCAUUUUAAAAUGACCUGUAUGUCUUGCUGAAAUUUGAUUAAACCGAUCUGGUACUGUA